UUUGAUGACUUCCGAAGCCUCACCAUCAAGAGUGUUAUUCUUCCGCUUCCUGAGAAUGUGAAGGAUUAUUUACUUGAUGACGGAACUCUGGUGGUUUCAGGAAGGGAAGAUCCACCAGCACGCUCUCAGCCAGACAGUGAUGAUGAUACAGAAGAAAUACAGGCGCCAGAGUUUCCGGAGUUCACCACUAAAGUCCAAGAAGCUAUCAAUUCCCCGGGGGGGAGUGUAUUUCCUAAACUUAACUGGAGUGCCCCAAGGGAUGCAUACUGGAUAGCAAUGAAUAGUUCUCUGAAGUGUAAAACCCUCAGUGACAUUUUUCUGCUUUUCAAAAGUUCUGAUUUCAUCACUCGUGAUUUCACCCAACCAUUUAUUCAUUGUACUGAUGAUUCCCCAGAUCCUUGUAUGGAAUAUGAGCUUGUUCUUCGAAAAUGGUGUGAAUUAAUUCCUGGGGCUGAGUUCCGAUGUUUUGUCAAGGAAAACAAGCUUAUUGGUAUUUCUCAAAGAGACUACACACAAUACUAUGACCAUAUUUCUAAACAAAAAGAGGAAAUUUGCAGAUGCAUACAAGACUUUUUCAAGAAACACAUACAGUAUAAAUUCCUAGAUGAAGACUUUGUAUUCGAUAUAUAUAGAGACAGUAGGGAUGAUAGUAUUGUAUCUACUAUCAAGCUACGGUAUCUAUUGUCAGUUAGAAGGAGGGGCCAUGCACUGAGAUUUGGCAACGAAGAGGGAUGUUACUUGGCAAAGUUUCAACCUUGUGGAAACAAACUUUGGAAAAAGAAUGGGAAGCCAGCAGGAUGCAAUGAGUAG